AUGGCAUCUGCCGUGUAUGCGCUUAAGGAGGUGCGCAUUUUGGAUGACGACUGGACUAGCCAGGCAGAUCCUGUCGAACGCAGGCGGCGCCAGAAUCGGUUGCAUCAAAGGGCCUGGCGACGGCGUAGACAACAAGACCGUUCUUCUCCACAGAAGUCUGGACAUGUACCCGCUCGUAAAGAAGAGCAAACUACAGUCAUCCAUUCAAGGACACUGCAGCCUUGUGGGACCGCAACUCUGUCACUUCUGCAGCUAGCCCAUGACCAUGUGAGUGGCCGUCAACGUAUGAUGACCACAUUCGAGAGGUCUCAAAGCCGGGAAGUAUUCUGGUCAAUCGUAAAAACGUUAGGCCAAUCCCAAGGCACGCUAGCAUACUGGGCGGAGCUCAGAGCUUUACGAAAGCAAAGCAUCAUCACGCGCAUUCUUCCGCUAAAGAUGACUACCUCUUCACACUCAAAAGGCUGCGGUGAUCAGUCAAAUGAUACCGAUACCCUAGUGUCCAUUCAUUCUCUGAACCAGUUUCUGGAAAUAGCCUCACAAUACGAACAUAAGCUGGUAUUCGGAGCUUCAUUAGCUCUCGAGCACGAACUAUUUAUGUCAAUACAAUACACCUCUCUUACCGGGGUGAUGACCAAUAUGUCCAUCUUAUUACGUCUCGUCGGCCGCCCUUUUGAUGGCUGGGCAGAUUUCUAUACCGAGGACAUGCCUAUACCACCAUCACAGACUCCUGAAUCGCUGAAAUUCACACAACUUCAGCGAACUAUUCCACAUGAGUCGUGGAUAGAUCCUAUUCCUUACGCGGCGCUGCGCGAUAACAUUAUAAGACUCCAGGAUGAGCUCGAUGUGGAUGAGUUAUGCUCUGAUUUUCUCGGCGGCGAAGUUGAAGGACAAAGUGAUUUGGAUGGUCGAGGAAUGAUUCUUUGGGGCAAGCCCUGGUCAGAAGAUGGGUGGGAGAUGGAGACAAGUCAGGGGCGAAGAGAUGCUAGUGGUAGAAGUAUAACCCUGAAAAACUUUCACUUAUUCUCAUAUGAAUUGAACAUUGAUGUCUCGCUUGAGGCUCCCUCGUCCAAAUGA